GGACGUAUCGGAGGGAAGGGGAAGGGCUGCGUACACACGUCACGGGGAAAUAUAAAUUAGCAGCCGCUAGGUACUAUUUCAUGUCUAUAUCUAUUUAUUGAUACAUUUUCCCACGUGUGUCCUUGAUAUCCUGAGACCCGUUGGAAGUCAUUCGUUCGGGCCACAACAAGAAGAUCCAGCGACCAGUCGCCCACUAGGAAUGAGAAACAAUGUGACUGGUUGGAGACACUGAACUUCCCGUCAGACUGAUAGAGGCUAAAAGGCAACGACGACGUUUGGCUUUUGUCCAGGGCUUUAACGCUAAGGCAGUUUGACAGAGUCGUGGCCAUUGCCCCCUGCUUGGUGAAGAACAGACAUUCUUUUCACGGACAUUGCCUCGCUUCUUUACUGCAGUGCGAGAGGGUGCAACACUGCUCCAGCUGCAGCAGAGAGCCGCCGACGGCUGAAUGAGAGAUAUGCGUUGACCACCAGCAACCUGGCCAGCUGUAUAGCAACCAUCCUGUCAGUUUGACUAUCAUGGAAACCUUGCCUGGAUAAAUCCACCCGAGUACACCUCCCCUCCCCCCGCCCCCUCGGACCUUUGCUCGGACACGACCCUCGGGCGCUGUCCUAACCGGGGGGUGCAAACCAACCCCCGGAUCGAAGCAGUUGCAGGAUUCUUAGGGUUGGUUCCCUGGCCCCUUCCCUGCCCAUCUGUCGCUCUGGCCGACCCGAACCCAGCCCGACCAUGGCAGGGAAUCUGAAGAAAGGUGGGGGGCUCAUCGGUAUGAUGAAGGAUGCGUUCCAGCCACACCACCACCACCUCCAUGCCCACCAUCAGCCGGGCGCCGUGGACAAAAAGACGGUGGAGAAAUGUUGGAAACUGAUGGACAAGGUGGUACGCCUGUGCCAGAACCCAAAGCUGGCUCUGAAGAACAGCCCGCCCUACAUCCUGGACCUGCUGCCAGACACCUACCAGCACCUCCGCACCAUCCUUUCCCGCUAUGAGGGCAAGAUGGAGACGCUGGGGGACAAUGAGUACUUCCGAGUCUUCAUGGAGAACCUGACCAAGAAAACCAAGCAGACCAUCAGCCUGUUUAAAGACGGCAAGGACCGGAUGUACGAGGAGAACUCGCAGCCCCGGCGGAAUCUGACCAAGCUGUCGCUGAUCUUCAGCCACACGCUGGCCGAGCUGAAGGCCAUCUUCCCCAACGGCCUGUUUCAGGGCGACAACUUCCGCAUCACCAAGGCCGACGCCGCUGAGUUCUGGAGGCAAGCCUUCGGAGACAAGACCAUAGUGCCUUGGAAGGUGUUCCGCCAGUCGCUCCACGAGUUCCAUCCCAUCAGCUCGGGCCUGGAGGCCAUGGCCCUCAAGUCCACCAUAGACCUCACCUGCAACGACUACAUCUCCGUCUUCGAGUUUGACAUUUUCACCAGACUGUUUCAGCCGUGGUCGUCCCUGCUACGGAACUGGAACAGCUUGGCGGUGACUCACCCGGGGUACAUGGCCUUCCUCACCUACGACGAGGUCAAAGCGCGGCUGCAGAAGUUCAUCCACAAGCCCGGCAGUUACAUCUUCCGGCUGAGCUGCACGCGGCUCGGCCAGUGGGCCAUCGGGUACGUGACGGCGGACGGCAACAUCCUGCAGACCAUCCCCCACAACAAGCCCCUCUUCCAGGCCCUCAUCGACGGCUUCAGGGAAGGAUUCUAUUUGUUCCCUGAUGGACGGACCCAGAACCCAGAUCUAACAGGGUUGUGCGAGCCUUCCCCUCAGGACCACAUCAAGGUCACUCAGGAGCAAUACGAGCUCUACUGUGAGAUGGGCUCCACCUUCCAGCUGUGCAAGAUCUGUGCGGAGAACGACAAGGACGUGAAGAUAGAGCCGUGCGGACACCUCAUGUGCACCUCCUGCCUCACCGCCUGGCAGGAGUCAGAGGGCCAAGGGACGGGCUGCCCCUUCUGCCGCUGCGAAAUCAAAGGCACGGAGCCCAUCGUGGUGGACCCCUUCGACCCCAAGGACAACGGCGCAGGCUACGGGAUCUCCUACGGGGGCUGCAGGGGCAUGUUCGGGGCCGAGGGGGCGCCCUCGCCCUGCUACGACGAUGACGACGACGACCGGCUUGAGGACCCCCACCUCAUGAUGAGCAAACUGGCCUGCUCCAAGGUGGAGCGUCCUCCCUCCCCCAUGUCCCUCACCCCCCAGGCCUCGCUGCCCCCCGUGCCCCCCAGGCUGGACCUGCUGCAGCACCGGCCGGCCAGCGCCUCUGGAGCCUCCAGCCCCGUGGUCUCCACCAAAGCCGCGACCCACCACAAGGACAAGCCCCUCCCCCCACCCCCAGCGCUGAGGGACCUCCCCCCUCCGCCUCCCCCGGACCGCCCCCACUCUGCCGGGGCGGCCGCCGACGGCCGUCUCGGGAGGAGGCCCUUACCCCACGCCCCCGGGGAGCCAGCGUCCCGGGACAAGCAUCCCCCGACGCCCCCCAACCGUCCGCUUGCCGACUGGGGCUCCCGGUCGGUCCCCAAGCCCCCGGCCACCGCCUCUCCCUCGUCCUCCUCCGCCUCCUCCUCCUCCUCCUCCUCCUCUUCUUCGUCCUCCACUUCCUCCUCCUCCUCUUCCUCCUCCUCCAACCAGGCCUCGGGUCUCGGAGGGGAGAUCCGAGGGGGUGGGAUCCGGGAGCUCUCCAACAGGCACUCCCUCCCCCUGGCCUUGCCUUCCGCCCUGGACGCCACCGCCGCCAGCAGCCCCCCAUUGAGGAACAGCAGCACCAUCAGCCUGGACCACCAGCUGCCGUUUGUCCCUGCUGCGGGGGACAGCUCCAAGGUGAAGCCCUCGGCCUCCGCCAACGCCAUCUACUCCCUGGCCACCAGACCGUCGACGCUGCCGCGAGCGCUCCCCUGCGAGAGCGACGAGGAGUCGGCCUACAUGGUACCGUCCUCCCGGCCCGUCCACCUCCCCCCCGCCACUCCGGCCCCGCUCACGGCGGCAAAAACGCCCCCCACUGCCAGGGCCCCGCAGCCCGCGGGCCCCCUGCAGACCGCCCCCGCGGCAUACGCCUUCAACCCACGGCACGCGUUCAGUGACGACAUCCAGGACCGACCCCAGAUGUACCAGGGCAUGUAUAACGUCCACGCCCAGGCACUCACAGCCUCCCUGCCUCAGCUGGCCAGAGUCUCAGACUACUCUGAGCUGCCUGCCCUGGCCCUGAGCCAAAGCGCCCAGGUCCUGACGGUGGCGAACGGCCGGGAGACGGAGGAGGUGGUGGGGGUGGAGGAGGAGGAGGCGCUGUACGAUAUCCCCCGGUCGGCGGCCACCUCUCGACAGCCCCCCGCGGAGAAGGGGGCGGCUUCAUCCACCUCGUCGUCCACUACCUCGGGCUCCUCAUCCAGGCUGGUGUUCAGCGACCUGUCCUUGGACAUCGAGUCUCGGGCAGCCACACCCUUAAGCGACCCAGCGGCGGCCCCCGAGAGACCGCCCAAGCCCCUGCCCAGACGCUUCAACUCGGAGCGCCGAGCCAGCCCGGCCCGGCCGGCCCCUGGGCCCCUCACGGGCGGGGCUACGGGGGGGGGAGCAGACCCAGUGAUCAGCGGUGAGAUCAAACACCUGAUCAGCCAGGGCUACUCCUCCCAGGACAUCCAGAAGGCGCUGAUGAUCGCCCAGAACAACGUGGAGAUGGCCAGGAACAUCUUGCGGGAGUUUGUCUCCGUUCCCGCCAACGCGCACAUGCUCACAUAGCGCCCCCCCCACCCCACCUCCUCCCCCGACCGCUGGAGGCUCUUGAAGACUCCCGGUCCAGUCCUUCGCUUGGCUCAGCUUUUGGGGAAGGGGAGGUUGAGGGUGGGUCCUGGCUUGGCCCCUAACCCUCAGACCCUGACUCUAGCUUGAAACUGUGUGUGUGUGUGUGUGUGUGUGUGUGUGUGUGUGUGUGUGUGUGUGUGUGUGUGUGUGUGUGUGUGUGUGUGUGUGUGUGUGUGUGUGUGUGUGUGUGUGUGUGUGUGUGUGUGUGUCCACACGUGCAGCGCGUCACACGACGGAUUCAUGCGUUCCCUGUUGACAUCCUCCCAGGGGGGGGGGGGGGGAAAGGAGAUCACCAACGACUUUUACAAACGACAAAACAAUUAAAAAACACAAUGUAUGUAUCUAUAUGAGAAUUUAAUAUAUGAGUAAAUAUAUAUUGAACGUGUGUAAUUUAUACGUGCAUAUACAGUGUGUGAGCGAGGCUGUGGUGCGGCCAGGUGAUCCGCUGUGGGGCGUGCAGGUUGAAAGGUGCCUGUUCAGAGGGAUGACAGUACCUGGGAGCAGGAGGGGUGGCGGGCACGCUGUCUGACCGCCGUCUGAGCGGCAGCAGCCUGAUGCACAACGCUCUGCCGAGGGGCUCUGCUGAAUGACUUCCAAGUGUAAUAUUAUGGCCUUCACUUCACAAUGUUGCUUUGGUGCAUUGUUCUGAAGGAAAUCAUUUUCAUCAUUUUGUUUCUCCCCCGACGGGAUUGUUCGUUUGGGGUUCUGUAUUGUUUUCUGGCAGCCUUAGUCUUUCGUGUGUGUGUGUGUGUGUGUGUCUGCGUGUGUGUGUUUUGUGCGUGUGCGCGCGUAUGUCUGUGUGUGUGUGCGCCUGUGUACUUGGCAGCGGAGGAAUUUGGUUGGUUGCCCGACCUGAAUACCUGUUCUCAAACUAACGUUGACUUGACAUGAUUGUGUAUUCACUGUGCAGUAGAACAUAGUGUUCUGUUCUUCUUUUGAAAUCUUCAUUGACUCCUAUGGAAGAGGCGGAUCUACUUAGAAGACCUGCCAGCCGUUGGAACCUGCUUGGUUUACUUUCUGUUGACGGCAUCGGCUGUAACACUCCCAUCUCUUUAACUUCUGAUUGGUCGACGUGUUGAGAAUCUGUAACCGUGGCCCAUUCUAAAUAUUUGUGAAACCAACAAACAAUGUCUUUGAUUUACUUUGAUAAUAUAUUACUGUAAUCAUAAAUAUUAUUAUAUUAUUUUAAUGAAUUCAGAAGUGCUUCACUGCUGCUACGAUUGUUAGUGCUAAACAAUUAAGCCUUAAAUGUACAUUUGUGAAUAGAUGUUAAACGGUCUCUCUGCUCUUUAAAGUGACAAUAUCGAUGCUAGUGCUCUAGUCUGUAAUGUAGCAUUACAUUACAGUAGUUACAUCCUACUUGAACUUCCAAACAGCUUGUGAAGCUGCAGUCCUCGCAAGCUGAUGAACUCUUCAGUAGCUCCUUUUUGCCUUAUUAUUUCUUUUUUUGGGCUUUAUGUCUAGCACCUGGAUAUAGAAAUCAUAAACCAGAUGGAAACUGAAAUUACCGAAAGUAUAUUUUUGUGACGUCUGUUCCGGUGUAGCGCGUCUUCUGAAACGUCCCUCUGCUCGAGGUUCGGUGACCAGAGCGGUGGUCAAGUGAGCUAAUGGGUUUGCUGGCCCCUCCCCACCCCUCUAUGCUACACGGAAAAUCAGUAUUUCGGGCCAACUGUAAGAACUAACUCAGGGAUUAUCUAUAUCCAAACAAGUGUCUUUUUGCAUCCCGUCUGCGUUAGCGGAGACAUGACCCCCGUCUCCAGGUGACGUUGGAUGAGUCAAUCCCCGCACAACCGCUGGCUCCCAGGCGAACAAUAUCCCGUUGAUAGUUACCCAAGCAACCUUCAUGCUUUUAUUGAGUUCAAGGGCAUCUUUUAUUUUUGUUUUUGUUUAUUUGUCACAUUGCGACUUGCACAUUUUACUUAUUUCCAUUGUCAAGGGCAGGACUGGAGACGGGUACUAUGAAUGAAUGAAUGAACAGAGGUAUUGACCGCACCUCUCCCAGCAUAUGAAGAAUGUUGUCAGUGGGCGUGUGAAUGAUGUCUCUCAUCAGGCCAUGGUUAUCAUUACGAUAUAUAUUUUUUAACUGUACUUCUGUCUUCUGACUGGAACGUACCUCUUUGUGUGGUCCUUCUGUUCAUAGUUGCCUUGAGAAACGGAGCGAGAGGAGCGGUAGAGCUGAAUGAGUGAUGGAUGAGUGGGACGGGAGAACUCCUGGGAUCAUGAUUACUGUACCGAUGUUGUGUUGAUGUUCUGAUAAAAUAUUGAUAGAUCUACUUUUUCUUUUUUCCAACAGCGCACCUUUGUGCUGUCAUACUGUCACUCUAAAGAGGGAAAAAAAUGUAUAAAGUUACUGAGAUGAAAGAAGUGGCUGUUUUUAUUGUUGUUUUUUGCAUUCCUGUCGAAGAAAUCUAAUUAUUUUGAUCCAAAGGUUUUGUUUACUCCUGUAUAUAUUGAUGUGAGCAGUGCCAUAUGUUCAGACUUGGUAGAGGGGGGGUCCUGUCGACCCUUUCAGUAAAAUUCCCAUUCCACGGUCACCUGUUGAGCCGUCAAGGCCACCAUCUGCCAGCUUCUCUGCUAAUGGCUACUCUGCUAGCUGCAGCGCUAUAACCCGGACAGCCCUCAGGAACCCUUAGUGAUCAUAAUUUAAAAACGUAAUUGGAAGCGGGAACCAAGCGCUCCUGAGGGGCUUUGGCUGGAGGGCUGGAGGGCUGUGCAGCAGCCGUCCUUUCAAUUGAGGUCAAUGGAAAACUUUUACCAAAAGAGGGCGCUAUUGGUCCACGUUGCCAUGUUUCUUGUCAACAGUAUACGGCAUUUAAUUAACUUUUUGAUGUUUUUUAAAUGCUCAUAUCACCUUGGAAGUAUGCACAGUGCUGUUAAUAAAAUGAUAUGCAAAAAAAAAACAGAA